AUGAGCUCGUCUGAAAAGUCCCGUCAAAGUUGGACUGCUUUUUCCAAGUCCUUGUUCGCUGUCGGUAUCUUCGCGCAGGUCGCGGUACUGCUUCUCAUUCUAGGCUCCUACUUGGAUCUCUACCCUUCUAUCAACUCGCCACUUCCAGAUCGUGAAACUGCGCAUAUCAGUGAUGGAGGAUUAACUUUGCGACACGUCAUUCAUCACGGCGCAGGCCAACCGGGACCGCGUGCGAGGAGGCUGGAUGUGACAGCCGGGAGAGUGGUCCAAGCUGAGGCUGCCGGCCAGUUCGGACCUUUCGUUGUCAAGAAAUCCCCCAUCACUAUCGAGAAGCCCUCGAAAUUCCACAAGUAUGAUGCUCAAAGACCGAUUUGGUCGAGAAUGUCGCCAAUAUGGGUCGCCGAGGAUGUCGACGCCCCAGAUGUCGAAGACAAAGACACCGUCAUUAGUCUGGCAUCGAUGUCCGAAGAUGCCUACAAGCCUGGUCCCGAGGAUCCGGAAUGGAUGGAUGUAGAUGAAAAUUUUAAUUCAUCAGUGCCAUUUGGGUGGGACGACAGUGGUAUCAGGGGCCAUGUGUUCAGCGACGACACAAACGGAACCAUCAUUCUCUCUGUGAAGGGCACGACAGUCGCCAUGUUCGAAGGAAACGGGACAUCGGGUCACGACAAAGACAACGACAACCUGUUUGGUUCCUGCUGUUGUGGCCAAGGCGGCUCGUACUGGUGGAAACAGAGCUGUGACUGUAUGACUGGUUCUUACACGUGCGACGACAAGUGUGUAAGGGAAGAGCUGAGAAAGCCGAAUCGAUACUAUCAAGCGACGUUGGAACUGUUCGAGGAGGUGUUGCGGAUUUACCCAGAUGCAAACAUCAUCACAACUGGACACAGUCUGGGCGGCGUUCUUGCCUCUCUGAUCGGUCUUCAGCAUGGUAUUCCUGCGGUUACGUUUGAAGCAUACCCGCAAGCCAUGGCAGCAAAACGUCUUGGUCUUCCCGCAGCUGGUGAUGUCGCUCCGCUUCGGAAGAACACUGGCGGUUUUCAUUUCGGACAUACGGCAGAUCCAGUGUACACCGGCACCUGCAAUGGCUUCUCGAGCUUCUGCUCCAUUGGUGGCUAUGCUUUUGAGACGCUGUGCCACACCGGAAAGCGCUGCGCUUACGAUGUCGUCAAGGACUGGGGGUGGCGACCGAGUACAUCAACCCAUCGCUUGAGGUACGCUAUCGACAACGUUUACAGAAAGUACGAGAAGGCGGCAACAUGUGUGGACGAAGAUGUCACCUGUGUUGACUGCUUCAUGUGGAAGUUUGAGGACGGUACACACACCACGCCUGCGACCACAUCGACACCCACUUCCACAUCGCGCACUAGGACAAGAACCGAGACCUGCAAAACGCCUGGCUGGUGGGGAUGCCGUGACGAAACUUCGACGACCGCAACAGUCACCACGACGACAACAGACCCUGUCAUUACGUCUACCUCCGAAUCGAGUACCACCAGUACUUGCAAAACGCCCGGCUGGUUUGGUUGCAAGGAUCAGACCACCGCAACAACGACUUCAACUUCGUCAGAAGCGACCACAACAUGUUCAAGCAAAGGCUGGUUCGGUCGGUGCAAAGACGGUAUGCCUGUAACAACAACACCAGCAGCGGAAGGAUUUGCCUAUUAUCGUACGGUAGUCGCAACAGCAACUCAGACAGCAACAUAG